AUGUGUGACAUGGAUAAACUGUGCAUAUGUAUCCUAAUUUCAUUCAUCUCAUCUGUAUUAAGCCAGGCAUCAAUGAAUAACCCCAAACUGCUGACGCCAGCAAAACCUGUUGAAAUGAAGCAAAAUACCAUCGGUGGAAUUCUUCCUGUUAAAAAUAACUUGACUUUAACGUCGACGAUCUCCCCUGGACCGCAUCAGCAUCACAUUGUUCCCAAGACUGGUGUAAGUGCAGUAACAGAUGCUACACAUUUUGGCCGUGAGCAUGUAACUGAAAAUACUACAAAAUCGCACUCAAGUCAUGAAGACAAAUCCUCCGAAAAGCACUUAUACCAUGAUGAAAGUCAUGAACGACACAGUGCUGAAACUAAAUCAUCAGAUGUUCAAGAAAGGCUUCAUCAUAUGAAAAAUAAACCUGCAGCUGUAACACUGAAUUCUGCAAAAAAUCAGACAACACAGCCAAAUGUAACAGCUAAAACGAAUAAUACUCAGGAAAAUAUUAAUCAUAACCAUACAAGUACUCAUUCAAUAAACAUCAGUUCCCCAACUUUUUCCCCUAUUGUGAAUCGGACUAUACCAAAACCAGUGCCUACCAAACCCACAAGACCAGUGCCUGAGGAUAUCAAUUUUAUUCUUGCUAGUAAAAAUGCAGAACAUUAUGCCCCAUGUCUUGAAGCUAAAGACUCCAAAGGAACUAAAACAUCAGACAUUGUUGUUCUAGUGGUUGCUGUGAUUUUUUCAGUUCCACUGGUAGCUAUCGUUGUAUCUAUUUUAUAUAAAAAAUGGACAGAUUGGUGGCAGCACAGGAACUAUAGACGAAUGGAUUUUUUGAUUGAAGGCAUGUAUAAUAACUGA